GCAGCCAUGAAGCAAACGCUGCACGAUGAGAUUGAAGCCAUUCUGCAGAAGAGGGUCAUGGUGCUGGACGGAGGGAUGGGGACCAUGAUCCAGCGGUACAGGCUAGAGGAAGACGACUUCCGAGGUCAAGAGUUCAGAGGUCAUGCCAGGCCACUGAAAGGCAACAACGACAUCCUGAGCAUAACGCGGCCCGACGUCAUUCGCCAGAUCCACAAGGAAUACUUGCUGGCCGGGGCAGAUAUCAUUGAAACAAACACUUUCAGCAGCACCAGCAUUGCCCAGGCUGACUAUGGCUUGGAGCACUUGGUCUACCGGAUGAACAAGUGCUCGGCGGACCUGGCCAGAGAAGCUGCUGCAGAGGUGACUCAGCAGACAGGAGUGAAGAGGUUCGUGGCAGGAGCUCUGGGUCCCACAAAUAAGACCCUGUCAGUGUCCCCGUCUGUGGAGAGACCCGAUUACAGGAAUAUCACGUUCGAUGAGCUCGUGGAAGCGUACCGAGAGCAGGCGAUGGGCCUUCUGGAUGGUGGCGUCGAGAUCUUACUUGUUGAAACUAUUUUCGAUACUGCCAACGCCAAGGCAGCCUUGUUUGCGCUCCAAGAACUUUUUGAAGAGAAGUACACUCCCCGGCCUAUCUUUGUCUCGGGCACGAUUGUUGAUAAGAGUGGGCGGACUCUGUCUGGACAGACGGGAGAGGCCUUUGUCAUCAGCGUGUCUCAUGCAGACCCGCUCUGCAUUGGAUUAAACUGUGCUCUGGGUGCCACCGAGAUGCGGCCUUUCAUCGAGACGAUCGGAAAGUGCACCACAGCCUACGUCCUCUGCUACCCCAACGCAGGUCUUCCCAACACCUUUGGAGACUAUGACGAGACCCCCGCCAUCAUGGCCAGGCACCUGAAGGACUUCGCCGUGGACGGCCUGGUGAAUGUCGUCGGAGGGUGCUGUGGUUCCACGCCGGAUCACAUCAGGGAAAUCGCCGAAGCUGUCAAGAGCUGCAGGCCCAGAGUCCCACCUGCCGCCGUGUUCGAAGGCCACAUGCUGCUGUCUGGUCUCGAGCCCUUCCGGAUGGGCCCGUACACCAACUUCGUGAACAUCGGAGAGCGCUGUAACGUCGCAGGGUCCAGGAAGUUCGCCAAGCUCGUCAUGGCUGGGAGCUAUGAGGAAGCCCUGAGUGUGGCCAGAGUGCAGGUGGAGAUGGGCGCACAGGUGCUGGACAUCAACAUGGACGACGGCUUGCUGGACGGGCCCCGCGCCGUGGCCAGGUUCUGCAACCUCAUCGCCUCCGAGCCGGACAUCGCCAAGGUGCCCUUGUGCAUCGACUCCUCCAACUUCGCUGUGAUCGAGGCGGGGCUGAAGUGCUGCCAGGGGAAGUGCAUCGUCAAUAGCAUCAGCCUGAAGGAGGGCGAGGGCGACUUCCUGGAGAAGGCCCGGCGGGUGAAGAGGUUUGGCGCUGCUGUCGUGGUGAUGGCUUUUGAUGAGGAAGGCCAGGCGACAGAAACAGACUCCAAAGUCAGGGUGUGUACCCGGGCCUACCGCCUCCUCGUGGAGAAGGUGGGCUUCAACCCGAACGACAUCAUCUUUGACCCCAACAUCCUGACCAUUGGGACCGGGAUGGAGGAACACAACUUAUAUGCCAUUAACUUUAUCCGUGCGACCAAAGUCAUUAAGGAGACAUUACCAGGAGCCAGGAUAAGCGGAGGCCUCUCCAACUUGUCCUUCUCCUUCCGAGGCAUGGAGGCCAUCCGCGAGGCAAUGCACGGAGUGUUUCUCUACCACGCCAUCAAGUUUGGUAUGGACAUGGGGAUAGUGAAUGCUGGAAACCUGCCCGUGUAUGACGACAUCCAUAAGGAACUUCUCCAGCUCUGCGAAGACCUCAUCUGGAACAGAGACCCCGAGGCCACCGAGAAGCUCCUGCGCUAUGCUCAGACUCAUGGCAGCGGCGGGAAGAAAGUCGCACAGACGGACGCGUGGCGAGAUGGCCCCGUGGAGGAGCGCCUGGAGUACGCCCUGGUGAAGGGCAUUGAAAAACAUAUUAUUGAGGAUACCGAGGAAGCCAGGGUCAACCAGCGGAAGUACCCCCGGCCCCUGAGUAUAAUCGAGGGACCCCUGAUGAACGGCAUGAGGAUUGUUGGUGAUCUCUUCGGAGCGGGGAAGAUGUUUCUACCUCAGGUAAUAAAGUCAGCUCGGGUCAUGAAGAAGGCUGUUGGUCACCUCAUCCCCUUCAUGGAGAGGGAAAGAGAAGAAGCCCGAAUACUGAAUGGCACAGGAAUACUGAAUGGCUCAGUAGAAGAGGAGGAGGACCCGUACCAGGGCACCGUGGUGCUGGCCACAGUGAAGGGGGACGUGCACGACAUUGGCAAGAACAUCGUGGGGGUGGUCCUGGGCUGCAACAACUUCAGGGUUAUCGACCUAGGAGUCAUGACCCCCUGCGACAAGAUUCUGAAAGCCGCUCUCGAUCACAAAGCGGAUAUAAUUGGCCUGUCGGGCCUCAUCACUCCUUCCCUGGACGAGAUGAUUUUCGUUGCCAAGGAGAUGGAGAGAUUAUCUAUACAGAUCCCGCUGCUGAUCGGAGGAGCAACCACCUCCAGGACCCACACGGCAGUGAAGAUCGCUCCGCGGCGCAGCGCGCCUGUGAUCCAUGUGUUGGACGCGUCCAAGAGCGUGGUGGUGUGUUCGCAGCUGUUGGAUGAAAACCUGAAGGGCGAGUACUGCGAGGAAAUCUCGGAGGAGUAUGAGGACCUCAGACAGGAGCAUUACGAGUCCCUCAGGGAGAGGAGACACCUGCCUUUGAGUCAAGCCAGGGAACGAGGCCUGCACAUUGAUUGGCACUCCGAGCCUUGCCCAGUGAAGCCCACGUUCCUCGGGACCCGGGUCUUCGAGGACUACGACCUGCACAAGCUGGUGGACUACAUCGACUGGAAGCCCUUCUUUGACGUCUGGCAGCUCCGGGGCAAGUACCCCAACCGAGGCUUCCCCAAGAUAUUCAACGACAAGACCGUGGGCGAGGAGGCCAGGAAAGUCUACGAGGAAGCCCAGAGCAUGCUGAGCACGCUGAUUGGCCAGAAGAAGCUCCGGGCCAGGGGCUUGGUUGGGUUCUGGCCAGCACAGAGUGUCCAAGACGACAUUCACCUCUACGCCAAGGACGCCGUGCCCCCGGCCACAGGGCCUUUAGCCACCUUUUACGGGCUACGGCAGCAGGCAGAGAAGGACCCUGCCAGCUCGGAGCCCUACCACUGCCUGGCGGACUUCGUCGCCCCGCUGCACUCCGGCGUGCGCGACUACCUGGGCCUGUUCGCCGUCGCCUGCUUUGGGGUGGAGGAGCUCAGCAGGGCCUACGAGGACAGCGGGGACGACUUCAGCAGCAUCAUGGUGAAGGCGCUGGGGGACCGGCUGGCAGAGGCCUUCGCUGAGGAGCUCCAUGAGCGGGUGCGCCGGGAGCUGUGGGCCUACGGCGGCAGUGAGCAGCUAAGCGUGGCCGACUUGCGCCGGCUGCGCUUCCAGGGCAUCCGGCCAGCACCCGGGUACCCCAGCCAGCCCGACCACACCGAGAAGCUCACCAUGUGGAGGCUGGCUGACAUCGAGCGGGCCACAGGUAUCAGGCUCACGGAGUCCUUGGCCAUGGCCCCGGCGUCUGCGGUGUCGGGGCUCUACUUCUCCCACCGCAAGGCCAGGUACUUCGCUGUGGGGAGGAUUUACAAGGAUCAGGUUGAGGACUACGCUUCGAGGAAGGGCAUGCCUGUGGCCCAGGUGGAGAAGUGGCUUGGCCCCGUCCUGGGGUAUGACACAGACUAGCUGUCGCUUUCACCACUCAGCCUGACUCCCCGGCAGGGUUGCCAGAUUGCCUUAAAUCAGCAACUGCAAAAAGCCAAGCGCACCUGGUUGACUCCGCUUUGGGAAGACUGUGGGCUGGAGCCUGAAGGGCCAGGUCUUUCCUGGUUGACUCCGCUUUGGGAAGACUGUGGGCGGAGCCUGAAGGGCCAGGUCUUUCUCUUUCAUCAGGCCCUGGGGUGCGUGGCCUGCACUGUGGCUAAAGACAGGCCCUGCGUGUCGCAUUCCCACUUGUCCCGCCCACACUCAGCUGACACCCAGGGGCCACCUGCUCCGUUUUCAUGUUUCCUAGUAAAGAAGUGUGGGGCUGAGCCGGAGGGGAGAGGUGCCUGUGUGGCUGAGGGGCUCUGAGGAGCAGGUGCCCUCCUCUGCGUGUGGCCAGCAUGGGUUGUGUCAGCGAGGAAACCGUGACACUGCCAUCCCUGGGAGACCUUGUUUUGUUUUGUUUUCGUUUUAGUUUUUUUUGAGAGGUUUUUGCUAUAGGGCGCAUACGCUCACCAGAAAGACAGAGACAGAAAGCGAGAAAUCACCCCCCGCGGGGGAUGGUCA